GCAGCAGCAGCAGCGCAAGAUUAUGGUGUGUACGGACUUGGCGUCGCGUGGGCUGGACACCACGUGUGUGAGCCACGUUGUUCUGUUUGACUUCCCAACCACGGCCAUCGACUACCUGCACCGUACGGGGAGAACUGCGAGAGCUGGAACCAGGGGCAAGGUGUCGGCGCUAGUGGGAAAGAAGGACCGCCGAUUGGCUGACCAAAUCCGCCUAGCCAUCCGCCAGGGUGGCAUCAUCAACUAAAGUGUAUAAAAAUAAACAAUGAUACAUGUGAUAACCGCAGCAGGUCUGACUGACUAACUA